UUCUACGGCGCGGCGGAGAAGAGGUCGCUGGGCACGGGGCCGCACCGGUGUCGCAGGCGCAUGCAUCCUAGGGUUUUUUCUCGCUACUGAAUUGAUCGAGGAUUCUUUCUAAUCCCUCCGGUUCCUGAACAAUUCAGGGAGAGAUUCUACGGCGUGGCGGAGAAGAGGUUCCCGGGCAUGGGGCUGCAUCGGUGUCGCAGGUGCGGACACCGGCAUGUGGCUACAGCAAGACGCACACAUUUGAUCGUCCAGAAAUCCAUUCUAUUCGACAACUUGAAGUGCGUGGAGGCAAGGGAACAAGGAUCAGAGGUCGUGAAUACAAUAUGGGUUGAAUUUUCGCUUUCCAUGAAUAAGCUUGAAGAUCCCAACCGAAUAUUAUACAUGCCACCAAGAGGGCUACGGCCUAUACCUGGAUUCAGUGGGCUGAAUAUCUGCUGUGCAGGCUAUGGAGAACGAAGCACGAAAUAUAUCAUGAAAUUAAUUGAAGUAGCUGGAGCGAAGCCUGGUGACUACAUUGAGAUGUAUGAUGCUGAUCUUCUCAUCUGUAAUGCCUUUCAAGGUCGUGAUUAUGAUCUCUCUCAGAAGAUGGGAAUUGAUGCUGUGAAUUUUAAUUGGCUAAGAGACUGCGUACUCCUUUGGACAUUUCUCCCAUUUGACAAUUACACCAAGCAGGGGCAGCAUACCCCAAUGAAAGAACCCACAGCCAGCUCCCAUCUCCGUAUGCUGCACACCGAUACCAAAGAUGCAAUGGCUAGACCCCACAUGUCUCCUGCUAUACUAGAAAGGGGUGCACUUUCCACAGGAAGUAAACGCAACAGAAGUUCUGUCAAUAACGAUGACCAUGAAUUUGUCUGCCAGAAGACCCACAGAACUGAUCAUCCGAAAUGCAAAAGAUCUCUUAAUCUUGAUGCCAGCAGAAACUGUGAUUUCGAGGUGAAGACUGUCGACUCCAAUAAACCCACCGCUGAGGACAAGUUGAGCAAAUGUCUUGAUUCAUUGGAAUUGACAACAUCUACUGUGACCGGCACCGCCACAAAAGCUACUGAGGUGAGGACUGUCAGCUCCAGUGAAGCCACUGCUGAGGAUAGAUCCAGCACAUGUCUUUAUCCAUUGACACUAACAACAUCUGGCAUGACUGCCACAACUAGAAAAGCGAUUGUCAGCUCCAGAAAAGGCAGUGCCGAGGAUGGUCCCAGUUCACUGGAAUUAACAGCAUCUGGUGUUCAAGUUGUGACUCUGAAAAAUUAUGCAAACAAGAGAUUGACAAAGUUAAGAGAAAUUCCAGGUUAUGAAAAUCAGAGACUGAUUCGAAAAGCUUAUAAAAUCGUAAGAACUACCAAGGAGGAUAUUAAGGUGGUAUUUAGAGAAUCAUUUAGAGGGCUUGCCAGUUUUCACAAGAAAAAUAGCACUCUGUCUGGGCAGUUUGGCCCCGAGAAUUUUGCUGUCUCUCCCGCUGACAAUUCCGUGGAAAUGAUAAACAUCCUUCCUCUAGUGACAUACUCAAAAGUUCUGGGAAACAAGGAUUAUGAUACCUUUGUCAAGACGGUUGAAGGUCUGUAUCAAGGACGAGGAGAGCAACUUCCACCAGAUGUUUCUAAGUGGCUGGCUCUUAUUUCAAAGGGUGUCAACUUCUGCAGUCCAGUCCUGAUUGCUAACUACAUACUGAUGAUGCCCGCCGAAGCUGCUUAUGGAAUGUUUACAUCAAUUCUCCAUAGUAUGAUUGAAUUUGAGAAGAAGAAGAGCCACCAGUUUCAGAGAAUGCUAAAGUCCGAGCCAAUGCGCAAAUACAAUGGCUGGCAUACAUGGGUUCUUGAUCCUCUUCUCGAUGAGACUUAUCAUUGGACAGACCCUGUGACUGGCAAAGGAUCAACCUACGAGAACAACAUUAUGGGUCUCUUGAAGCUUCUAAGGAAUUGCUUUGAGCACAAAGCUAAAGAGUACCACAAGGAGUUCCUCGCUAUGAUUCUAUCUUGGAGGGUUGAUCUCUUGCCUGACGUCCAACAGGUUCUACUUGAUGCUGGAUAUCUUAAAUUCAUGCGUCUCUGAAGGGUGCUGGAUAUGAUUCUUUGUGCAUAAUUCGCCGCUUUCUGGAUUGAAGCAGUUCUAUGAAAUGGCGGGACACUGUAGAUAUAAUGAAGGACAUACUUGAAGAAAUGACUGGUGCGAACGUGCACACUGUCGAUCUGAGCCAGAGAUGAUUAGCUUGACCUUGUGGCCCCUGGUGCUGAUUGCUUGCUUUUUGAUCUUCUGAUAACUGUAAAGAGUUGUGGAUUUGCAAGUCCUAUCUUCCAAACCAAUUGGCUGCAGAUACAUUUUGGGGAAGAACAAGUAGAUGAGAUACUAUCGCCGAAACAAUGUAGAGGAGAUACCAUCGCUGAAACAAUGGCAUCAUGAUGCUGAUUUGAGAGUUUUUGCCGGGAGCAUUGGAAGCUUUCAAGCUAAUCUGUAUGUUUGAAAUUGCUUUUACCACAACAUUCAAAAUGGUCAGGUUUACAUAUUAAAAAAAAAUUCAGGUUCA